AUGUUCUUGCACGUCUACAUCGCUCUUUUGGGCGUCUUAGCCAGGACAAUCUCGGCCUAUCCACACCACAACAAUAAUGCCAACACUACGCACGUGACGCACCACGUCUCCUAUACGACGGAGAUUGUGAGCAAGCUGAUCACGUACUGCCCCUCGCCCACCACCAUCAUCCAGAAUCACAAAACCUAUGUCGUCACGAAACCUACCACCCUGACUAUCACCGACUGCCCCUGCACGGUCACAAAGUCAAAGCACCCGGAGACGACUGUUUUCCGUGGUCCUCCCAAAUCAAGACCGCACAAGGGUCCGGGCGAAGGGGUCAUCACCAAGUAUGUCACGGGGCCUGAAUACACCACGGAAGUUGUGGAUAGGUUGACUACAUACUGUCCACAGCCAACAACAUUGAUCUACAAUGGGAAGACCUACACAGUUCCGUCCCCGACUACUCUUACCAUCACAGACUGCCCUUGCACGAUUGUCCGACCCAUGCCAACGGCCACUGUCGUACCUUUUGUUUACUACACAACAGAAAUCGUCGACGUGGUUACGACAUACUGCCCUCAUCCUACAGUCAUCACUCAGGGAACAAGGACGUAUACUGUCACACGGCCCACAACUUUGACGAUUACGGACUGUCCAUGCACGGUCACCAAGCCCAUUACCACCGUCACAGUCACCAAGCCUGGGCCUACAAAGGCAACCACUCAAUCGAUUACGGCCACCAGGACAAAGUCAAAGACAAAAACUAAAACUAAGACUAAGACCAAGACCAAGACCAAGACUAAGACGGAGGCAACACGCACCACAGGCACAAAGACCGCAGAAACUACCACGGGUACCGGAGGUACCACCGGGACCGAGACCGCGACUAGUAUGGAGACCACCACUGGCACUGAAGCCACCACCGGGACUGAAGCCACCACUGGCACUGAAGCCACUACCGGGACUGAAGCUACUACUGGCACUGAAGUUACUACUGGGACUGAAGCUACUACCGGGACUGAAGCUACUACUGGCACUGAAGCCACUACCGGGACUGAAGCUACUACUGGCACUGAAGUUACUACUGGCACUGAAGCUACUACCGGGACUGAAGCUACUACUGGCACUGAAGCCACUACCGGGACUGAAGCUACUACUGGCACUGAAGUUACUACUGGGACUGAAGCUACUACCGGCACUGAAGCUACUACCCGCACUGAAGCUACUACCGGCACUGAAGCUACUACUGGCACUGAAGCUACCACUGGCACUGAAGCUACUACCGGCACUGAAGCUACUACUGGCACUGAAGCU